AUGUCUAGAAAAUUACCCACAAAUCAGGGGGAAAUUUUAUAUCCAGCUAUUGGAGGUGUGACUCCUUCAGCUCCACCACCAUCUUAUGAAGAUGUAGUUGAACAGGUAAAUAAUGUUAAUCCUGGUGUUGGACCACAAUAUAUUUAUCCUCAACCACCAAUAAUUGGUGUAAGUAGUCCUUGUGGAGAGAGAUAUUGUCCAAGGGGACAAAUUUAUAUAGUUGAUCAACAUUGUGGUAUAAAUGGUAAUUCUCAUUGUAUUGAAUCAGAAAGAAGAUGUGCAAUAAGAAGAAAAAGGCGAAUUAUAAUUAGUGAAUAA